AGACUGGAGAAGCCUUCUCCAAAUCCCUGGCAUUCCUCAGUCUUCACAGCGGCACAACUGCACUGCUAUCCUCAUUCAUCACCAAGACACCGAGUCUCAAACUUCUGCGGUAGUUUAUGAUUUUGGUUGGGUUUGGAGAUUACUGAAAAAUAACAUCUGGAUGUGGAAUCUUGUGAAAUCAAGCUCUAUUUUGAAUGAAAGUUGCUCAUUUAAGAAACUAAGAAUUGUAUACCCACAGCUUGGAUUUUUUAGAUAUUGUCAUUUUCAGUUGGGUUCUGAUGGGUUAGGUUCAUCGUUGGAUUUGGCACAAAAGAAGGCCCAAAGCAUUGUUGGAAUUUUCUGGGAUUUGGAUAAUAAACCCCCCAAGACAUUGCCUCCUUUUGAGGCAGCCUCUAAGUUAAGGAAGGCGGCAGAGCAAUUUGGGUUUGUGAAGUACAUGAUAGCUUAUGCUAAUCACCAUUCGUUUAAUUAUGUACCACCUGUUGUUAGGCAGCAGAGGAAAGAAAGGAAAGUGUUGAAUGAAUUGGAAAAUAAGGGAGUGGUUAAGCCAGACGAGCCAUAUAUCUGCAGGGUGUGUGGGAGGAGGUUUUACACCAAUGAAAGGUUUAUUAAUCAUUUUAAGCAAAUUCACGAGCGUGAACAGGUGAAACGGUUAAAUCAGAUAGAGAGUGCGAAGGGGAGUAGGAGGGUGAAGUUGGUUGCAAAGUAUGCAAUGAAGAUGCAGAAGUAUAAGAAUGCUGCUAGAGAUAUUUUGACACCAAAAGUGGGGUAUGGUUUGGCAGAUGAGUUGAAACGGGCAGGAUUUUGGGUUAGGACUGUUUCAAAUAAGCCCGAAGCUGCAGAUAUUGCUUUAAGGGAUCAUUUGGUGGAUAUGAUGGAUAAAAGGAGGGUUGACUGCGUGCUUCUUAUAUCUGAUGAUUCAGAUUUUGUGGAUGUUUUGAAGGAGGCGAAGUUGAGGUGUUUGAGGACAGUGGUUAUUGGUGAUAGCAAUGAUGGUGCUCUCAAGAGGACUGCAGAUGCUUCUUUCUCAUGGCAGGAAAUAACGAUGGAGAAAGCUAAGAAAGAAGCAGUUUCAGUCGUGGGCCGGUGGAAAGACCAUGAUGUGUUGAAAACAUUGGAAUGGACUUAUGAUCCUGGGAGAGACAAAAAAUACUAUCUUUCUGACAUUGAGAGUGAGGGUUCGGGUUCUGACAUUGAACAUUUUCUUUCCGGGGGAAAUGAUGAUAAUUCUCUACAGAAGGAAGAUAGCGGAGCAUGGUGGGAGCUAGACUCUGAUACUGCAAACAUGAACAGAUCUUCACAAUCACUUUAAUAAGUAGUCAGUUAUAUUUUUAAGCUAUAAAGUGAUAGCCCAACGGUACUUAACAUGUGAAACAUACAUUAUACUCGAAGAAACCGAAUUCUGAUGACAAUGCGAUGAUUGGACUCCUUCUGCAACAGCUUGGAAGAAACACUUUUCAAUUACAUAAGCAUCCAAAUAAGAACUGGGAUCUUUGCUGAUACGAAUUACUCCUAAUCCUAAGGCAGGAAGCAACUCAAGCUUGCUAAUCAUUGAUUGAAAAAGUUAUGUUCUGCUAGAAAAAUUGGAGAGUUUGAGUUUGUUGAUGAUCACAGAGCUUGAAAAAUUGUUGUUAAGCUGAAUGGAAGACUGAAUAAAUGUGGGGUGAUAAGUCCGUGUUUUGAUUUUGGUGUUAAUGAUACUGAAGGGUGGACUGCUAGAUUGCUCCCUUCAAGACAGUUUGGGUACAUUAUGCUGACCACUUCAGCUAGCAUCAUGGACCAUGAGGAGGCCAGAAGGAAGAACGUCGGAGGAAAAGUACUCGGUUUCUUUUACUAGGAUUGUUUUGUUGAUUAGGAAAAACCUCCAGUUUUGGUGUACUCUUUAUGUUUGCUUUGAAUUUUGGUUUUGUCUAAGUGCCAUUGAGCCCCUUUUGCCCCGGGCCUAUAAAAUAAUAGAACCGGUCUUGAAAGAGCAGUGGACAAUUUCAUUUUGCUUACCCUAUGUAUUUUGUGUUCUUGUCAUAUUGCUAUACACCAAGUGAUUCAUGUA